AUGAAUUUUUAGAAUAGAGUUUAGCUGAAAUAUAGAAUUGUCUACAUAAAUUCAUAACUAAUUGAAUGGAUAUCAAAAGUAAUUAUAACUCCUUUAUUUUCGGACAUUUAAUAAUUAAUUCUUGUUGAUUAAAUUUACAAAUAUGUUAGGAUUCACAUGGAAGUAAGAUAUAAAUCUUAUACUAGAAAAUUCUUUAACAUAUUAAGUUAUGUUCUAAAUUUCACAACCUAUUGAUAUAAUACACCUAAAAGAUUAUGUCACAAUAAAAAAGGAAUUGGAAAAUUAUAAGGGAACUUAAUUAAAGCAUAAAGAAUUACAAGAAGUAAUAAAUAAUUUUUAACAAAAAAAAGAUUUCUUAAUUAGUUCAUUAUUUAAGACUCAUGAAAUACUCUUUUACUAAUAUAGUUUUGAGGAACAAUGAUGUAAAUAUAAGAAUCUAAUGUAAAAUAUAGGGCGUUUUGAAUUUAUUUAAGAAGGUAUUAAAUAAAUUGUUCGAUUCAUUAACUCAAAAAUAUUCUAAAACAAAGGAAAAAUUAUAGUUAUUUAUAUCAAUCUUAAAUAAAAAAUAAUGA